CUCUCUCUCUCUCUCUCUCUCAGGUCCUCGCAAGAUCCUCAUCGUCCAAAUCGAGUUCCUAUUCUUCAGAUUUCUCUAAGUGACUCGGUCAGCAACAAUGGUUUCCUUCGAGAUGAAUGAUCGGAAAAAGAUCGGACUAGGAUUGACUGGAUUUGGUGUAUUCUUCUCAUUCCUGGGAAUGGUUUUCUUCUUUGACAAGGGAUUACUUGCAAUGGGCAAUAUCCUCUUCUUCUCAGGGGUGACUUUAACCAUUGGAUUUAAGUCCACGAUGCAAUUCUUCAUGAAACGUCAAAAUUUCAAGGGGUCAAUUUCUUUUGGUGUUGGGUUCUUCUUUGUGCUCAUAGGGUGGCCAAUCCUGGGCAUGAUUCUGGAGGCAUAUGGUUUCAUUGUACUCUUCAGUGGCUUUUGGCCAACACUGGCAGUGUUUCUGCAGAAGAUUCCAAUUCUGGGAUGGGUGUUCCAACAGCCAUUUGUUAGAUCGUUCUUUGACCGAUAUCGUGGUCGACGGGUACCUGUGUAGCCAGGAAACAAAGUUCCAAAUCUGAUGCGGCGAACCUGUAAUCUUGUAAUAUACGUUAGAUGGAUAAACUGAUUCUUUUAUUUUCUGCCCACAAUUUGACUGUAGGAAAUUACUGAGCUUUAUCUUUAAAGAAAAAAGAAGUUAAAGAAAAAUAGGAUGAGCUUUAUCUGUAGCUGUCUGGUAGUUUGAUUCUUUUGUUCUUGUCAAGCUUAUGUUACUUUUGAAUGAUUCACUAUUCAAAUUGUCACGUGUUUAUAGU